ACGCCCCAGCCGGGGGCUGCGCCGGGCAGCCGCACACUCAGCGCUCUCCCCCGCCCCCCUUUUAUGGAAGCCGGGCUCUGCGACGCCUCUCUGCAAGCCAAGCCGCCGCCGGCAGGAGGCGGGUCUCUCGCUCUACCGCCGCACGCGCCCCUGCCCCCGCGACCAACGGCUCGCGCGCGCCGGCCGACUGCUGGCGGACUCCGACCCUGGCGGGGUGAUGACGGUGGCGCCAGGCCGCCUCCUCCGUACUCUGCUCGGCUCGCCGCUCGCCAUGGGAGGCUCGAGCUCCAGGUUGCCCCGCAGAGAGGAGGCCCUGCCCGGCCGGAGCCAGAGCAUCCGGGUCUCAGCUAAGCACCAUGUCAACGGAAACAGAACAGUGGAACCUUUCCCAGAGGGAACACAGAUGGUUUUAUUUGGGAAAACUGGCCAUACAGAAGCUGUGCGAGUUAUAUAUCAGCCAGAAAACAUCAGAUUUCAGCAACUGCUCAAGGUCUUCUGGGAGAAUCAUGACCCGACACAAGGAAUGAGGCAAGGUAAUGACUUUGGCACGCAGUAUCGCUCGGCCAUCUACACGUUCUCUCAGGAACAGAUGGAAGCUGCUCUGCGAUCUAAAGAGGAUUAUCAAAAGGUAUUGACAGAGAGUGGUUUUGGCACAAUCACAACAGAAAUCCGUGAGGCUCCGGAGUUCUAUUAUGCUGAAGAUUACCAUCAACAGUAUCUAAGCAAGAACCCCAAUGGCUAUUGUGGACUUGGGGGCACUGGAGUAUCCUGUCCUGUUAGUAUUAAAAAAUAAUCCAUGCGCACACUACUGCACCAACGUUGUAUUAUGUGUUUGCUAGAAACAUAAAGUAAAGCAACUUGAUGUUUUGUUUGAUGAUUACUGCCGGGGGAGUUCUUUGCCAAACAAUUAAAAAAUUCUUUGCACAGUAUUUUUACAAUUCUGCAAAAUUCUGCAUAUUUUAGUUGUCAAAAGA